UAUCAAGGAAAGAGUGCUGAUAAAACCCUAAUUCAACCCUUCUUCUAUAGUUGUGUGGCACAGAGGACGGAGCCGAAGAAGCCGUUUUCGCAUGCCUGCAACUCCACCCAGUAACAAAGGAAGAAUCUCUACCCUCUUCGCUUUCACUCCUCGCCAAGUUUUGUUAAGCAACCAAACAAUGAAGCACACCACUGACAAUGGAACCCCCAUCUCGGAACACAAAGUUCUUCUUCACCAAUCCAUUGCCCGUUACUUGGAACGCAGUGGCUUCUCCAAAACUCUGAAAAAAUUUCUCUCCGAAGCGCAUAUCGAGAAAAACGAUUUGGAGGGAUCACCAGUUGAUCUGGAAGAAAUGUGUCUCAAGUAUUUAGAAAUAUGUGGCAAAGAUGGGAAGUCAAAUAUUAAUGAUCAAAAUGAGCAAGUUGCAGGUGGGCACAGCAAAAACAAAGAAGAGGGUAAAUCCAAGGAAAAGAAGAAAAAGAAAAGCAAGUUAGUUUCUGAAUCUCUUGCUACUAAUGUGGAAGACAAUCAUUUAGAGUCAGUAGCUACUGUUGAAGAAAAUAAAGUAAAGGAUGGUGUUUCUACAGAUGCCAAAGUUAUCAAUGGUUCUGAGAAAGAGAAAAAAUCCAAGUCUAAAAUGAAAAAGAAGGACAAGCAAAGUGGUCAAGGUGAUGUAAUAGAGCAGAUUGGAGAUCCCAAUGAAACUGUUUCGAAGGAAGAGAAUAUUGAAGCAUCAAACAAAGAAAUGAUGCAUGAGGUGGAGAAAGAUUCUAAGAAAAGAAAAAGACCAAUUUCUGAAGAAAAUGGUCAACAGGUUGCAGAUGAAGAAACUAAACGCCAAAAAAUAGAAAAUUUGAAUGAAUCUAAGGAACAAACAAAUGGGAACCUUGAAAAGGGUGGAGAGAAAUCUUCGGUUCAGGGUUCUCUGAAGAAACAACAAAAGGGAUCAGUUGAGAAAAAACCAGUGAAACCCGCAUUUCAGCGAGUACAAGUUGACAAGAUACAAUUUACUGAUGAGAGGCUUCAGGAUAACUCUUAUUGGGCAAAGGAUGGUGCUGAGAAUGGUUAUGGUGCUAAAGCAGCAGAAAUUCUUGAUCAAGUUAGAGGAAGGGGUUUUCGUCAUGAGAAGACCAAGAAGAAACGUGGAAGCUAUCGGGGAGGACAGAUUGAUUUACAAUCCCACUCUGUAAAGUUUAAUUAUUCUGAUGAGGACUGAUUGGGAAGCAUAUAGAAUUAUAGAUUCGUUUUUGGUUUGUAGUUUGAACAAUGUUGGUGGACGGCAGUAUUGUUUUAUUUUGUCGGGGACUGCGCAGGAUUGUACUAUUGUUGCCCAUAUUUCUUUACCAUCAAACAUAAAGGGAAUCAUGUUGCUGAUAUGAAAUUUGUGAUCGGGGAGAAUGUUACAUCCAAAAGACAUUGCUAGGUUCAGGUAAAAAGUUGAUUUCCACCUGUAUGUUUUCUUUGUGAUUUUUGCUGUACGAUCCCAAAGGAACGAUAAUUUUUGUAGCUGGCAAAAUGAAGAAACCUUUUUGUCUGAAUUUGUGAUACUAGAUACCAUGCAGUUUUAAUUCUACGGCCGUGAAAUUGCAGUAAAUGCUGCUGAUGAAUGAGAUCUGUAA